AUGACCGUCUCGAACGUGCCGGAAAUUUUAGAACUAGACGCAGAACUCGUGUGCAAACGAUUGAUGUUUUUGUUUAAAGUCAUACCGGAGUUUAACGGAUCGAAAGUGAGCAAACACGCGUCGUUGUUGACGCUCGAGAAGGAGGAGGUGGAGAGACGCGUGCGAGCGGUGGUGCAGUUGGAGGAGAAGAAAUGGGUAGGCGGUGGCGUGGACGUGGAGUACGCGAAAGAAUGCGCGAAGGAGAGGAUGGUGAGGAACCCGUCCGUGUUGUUGCUAGAUUCGGUGACGGCGCAGUGUAACGCGGAGGAAAAGAUUGUUCAGCAUCGGUGA